GCUGGGUCUGAGGGAGGGGCUUAGCAUCACCAAAGAGCCUUGAGCUCUCUCAGUCUCUGGUGUGCACGGAGCAAAGUCUCUGUGGUGGCUCUACCAGCUGGGACACACAACGCACAGAUUCCCCAGGAACACCAGAGCCAAAAUGAUUUUGGAAUUUUGCCUGCUAUGAAGCCCGGGAUAGGAUGAUCACUCCCCUGGCCCCCACUCACCUGCUUCUCAGAGUUAUAUCCAUUUCCCCUUUGCUUCUGACUCCUGAAGACAUCUGCGAAGCGACCGACCGGAUUCCAAGACUCACAGAGAGAGGAGACAGGGGUGAAGUGGAUGGUAGCUGGGAAGUGUACUCGCUAGAGUCCCUGCUCUGCCCUGAGGGAUACGGAUGGAGGGGUGCAAAACAGCCGAUUUCGUUCCCACUAAGCCUCCGGGAUUCUUCCGGGACGUCGCACGGUGGGUGACUGGGACUCUGGGAGAAAGGGACUUGCAGCGAGCAAAACUUUCGGUCCUACAGCGGCUACUGGACGAAAGAGCCUUUGCUUCUUUUUGGGUCGCUCCAGUCUCGUUGUUGCUGGUUGGACAGGGCGGCGGGGCUCAGCAUCCUGGCGCGCCCUGCCCCGCUGAACCCGCGGCUCACUCUGGCUCUGCUCUCAGCCUGCCGGACUCCGCGCUCUCCCCGGCCCCGCGCACUCUGUGCCUCUCUGGCGCCCCCAGCGGCCGCACGCAGCACAGCAGGGCCGGGCAGGGCCGAGCGCGCCCCGCCUCCCGCCUCCUCCGCCGCCCUCCUCCCCCUCUCAGAACACUCAAUGUCGGAACGUUCCGAAGAUGACGUCGGAGCGUUCUCGAAUCCCGUGUCUCUCGGCUGCUGCUGCCGAAGGAACAGGGAAAAAGCAACAAGAAGGAACAGCAAUGGCGACACUGCACCGCAAAGUGCCCAGUCCGGAGGCGUUUCUGGGCAAACCCUGGUCCUCCUGGAUCGACGCCGCCAAAUUACACUGCUCCGACAAUGUAGAUUUAGAAGAGGCUGGAAAAGAGGGUGGCAAAAGCAGGGAGGUUAUGAGGCUUAAUAAAGAAGAUAUGCACCUAUUUGGCCAUUAUCCGGCGCAUGAUGACUUCUAUCUGGUCGUGUGCAGUGCCUGCAAUCAGGUCGUCAAGCCACAGGUCUUCCAGUCGCACUGCGAGAGAAGACACAGUUCAAUGUGCAGGCCUUCUCCCUCUCCAGCGUCUCCAGCCUCCAAUUCCCGGACAACACUAGCACAGGCAAAGACAAAAGCCUGUCUCAGCGGCCAUAACGCUGUCAGCAGCACCUCAAAGCCAUUUAAAACGCCCAAAGACAAUCUACUUACCUCCAGCAGCGCACAGCACACAGUCUUCUCUGCAAAGGGACCAAGGGAUAAACCAUGCGUUCCAGUUCCCGUAGUCAGUUUAGAGAAAAUUCCUAACCUAGUGAAGGCAGAUGGUGCCAAUGUCAAAAUGAACUCUACAACCACUACUGCAGCCACUUCCUCCUCCUCUGCCGUCUCCACCCCACCUUUAAUUAAGCCCACCUUGAUGUCCAAGUCAGUGCCACCUUCACCAGAGAAGAUCUUAAAUGGCAAGGGGAUUCUGUCAGCCACCAUAGACAAGAAGCACCCAAAUGGCACCAAAAACAGCAACAAGCCUUACCGGAGACUUUCAGAGAGAGAAUUUGACCCAAAUAAACACUGUGGAGUAUUGGAUCCCGAGACAAAGAAACCUUGCACAAGAUCCCUCACCUGCAAGACACACUCGCUGAGCCAUCGGAGAGCAGUCCCAGGCCGGAAAAAGCAAUUUGACCUCCUCCUGGCGGAGCACAAAGCCAAGUCGCGGGAGAAAGAAGUGAAAGAGCACCUUCUGACUUCCGCUAAGGAGAUACUUCCGAACCCGCCUGGACCCGCGCCUGACGCUCUGCAAGGAUCUUCCGGGAGCACGGUGGCAGAGCCGAAAGUAGCAUCCCCACCAAAAUCCAGGCCACUCAACUCUGUACUUCCCAGACCAUCAUCUGCAAAUAGCAUAAGCAGCAGUACAUCUUCAAACCACAGUGGCCACACUCCAGAGCCCCCUCUACCCCCGGCUGGAGGCGACCUUGCCAGCCGACUGUCCAGUGAUGAAGGGGAGAUGGACGGAGCCGACGAAUCUGAGAAGCUAGACUGUCAGUUCUCCACGCACCACCCUAGACCUCUUGCGUUCUGCUCAUUCGGGAGUCGCCUCAUGGGACGCGGAUACUAUGUGUUUGACAGAAGAUGGGAUCGGUUUCGCCUUGCACUGAACUCCAUGGUAGAAAAACACUUGAAUUCGCAGAUGUGGAAGCACAGAAGCCCGAGCCACAGGGCAUCAGGUCCCUCCCCUCUGUUCAGGACUUGCCUAACCAAUCUGCUGUCACUGAGCAACAUUGGGGCUGCCUGGGUGUCAACUCUGGAGAGCGUAGCACCCCGCUGCCCUCUCAACCUCGCUGCCCAAACUCCAGGCCCUGAAGGGCCCGAACCUGGAGGGAUGGCAGCCGAUGGGGGCAUGGAAGACAUUAGGAAGAAAAGGAACGGCCAAGACUCUUUUUUCUUUAACAAGCAUUUAACUCUGCAUCAGGAGACGCCAACACAGUAUUCUCUUUCAGCCAGGAAGAUCCCUCCUGCGGCAGAUAGCCCCAUGCCCUCGCCAGCCGCCCACAUCACCACCCCCGUUCCAGCAUCCGUUUUGCAGCCUUUCAGCAACCCCAGUGCUGUGUAUCUUCCUUCAGCUCCCAUCAGCUCGAGACUCACCUCUUCUUACAUAAUGACAUCAGCCAUGCUCUCAGACGCAGCUUUUGUGGCAUCGCCGGACCCACGCGUCCUCAUGUCCCACACCACAGCUUUCCCCCAUGUGGCCGCAACCCUCAGCAUCAUGGACUCAACCUUCAAGGCCCCAUCCGCCGUGUCCCCGAUACCAGCUGUCAUUCCUUCCCCAUCCCACAAGCCAUCCAAAACCAAAACCAGCAAAUCCUCAAAAGUGAAAGACCUGUCUGCUCGUAGCGACGAAUCUCCAAGUAACAAAAAGAGGAAGCCGCAGUCCUCGACUCCCUCCUCCUCCUUAUCCUUGCAGGCUUCCCUCUCCUCCCCAUUGUCGUCAGGGCCCCACAAAAAGAACUGCGUUCUGAAUGCCAGUUCUGCUUUGAACUCCUAUCAGGCAGCCCCUCCCUAUAACAGUCUGUCUGUGCACAACUCAAAUAAUGGGGUAAGCCCACUCAGUGCCAAGCUGGAGCCCUCAGGACGGACCUCACUGCCCAGCGGCCCCAUGGACAUAGUGAGACAGGUGGGCGCUGUGGGUGGCAGCAGUGGCUCCUGUCCCCUCUCCGUGCCCUCCCUCGCACUCCAUGCAGGGGACCUCUCUCUGGCCUCACACAAUGCUGUGUCUUCUCUGCCCCUCUCUUUUGACAAAUCAGAAGGAAAAAAGCGUAAGAAUUCAAGUCCCAGUAGCAAAGCCUGUAAGAUCACUAAAAUGCCUGGUAUGAAUAGCGUUCACAAAAAGAACCCACCCAGCCUUCUUGCACCGGUGCCCGAUCCCGUUAACAGCACCUCCUCUCGGCAGGUAAGGGAGCUCCUGGCACUGCCUUCAUCGGCUCUGGGGGGCAGGGGGAGCUGGGCAGCGCCCUUGCUUGGCCAGGUGGCUCAGACAGGUAACAUAAACCUGGCUCCUUUUCCCGGGUUCCCCGUAGGCUCGGAGAGUUCUUGGUAGGACUUUGCUAGUCCCAAUGCUAAGCACUUUACAGUAAUCACAUCCUUCCAAAACAACCCAGCACAGGGUGGUACAAAAUGGUCGUCACUUAACAGCUAGGUAAACCGAGGCACAAAGAGUCUCUGAGUUCCCCCCAUUCCUUUUGUCUGUUUCAUAUCUUGAGGUUUUAUACGAGGCCUACUUCAUUAAAGAGUUCUGUUGCUAA